AUGCCUUUGACGAAUAAAGUGAAUAGUUCUGCAGCAGGCGGUCCUGGGCAGGUGUCUGCACCAGACCAUGGUGAGCCGCCGCCACCCCAAGCCGAGCCCAGGGACCUGGCUGCGGGGGAUGGAGGGGUAGGAGGUGACGAAGACCAGGGAGACCUUCAGAUCAAGAAGUCACCCAGCGAUCCCAAGAAGUACAGGUAAGAUCAAAUAACAUUUCUAAAUUCAAAUAUAGCCACAUAAGUUCUCUUGGAUAGGUCUACGUAAACAUACUGGUAUGGACCCAGAACUUAAUUGAGCAGCUGACCAAUUACACAAUACUUUAGUUCUUGGUUAACUGAGAUUAAUAGCUGCAUAACUACGUAAACAAGUCACUCAUGGCAUCAUCAGAGUGCUUGCGAAUUGCUCUACCCGUCCCAGGUUGUGAUGUUUUCAGUUUCACUGAAGUAGAACUGGCUUAUCAUAUGCAAUUAUUUUGCUCGCUCUGAAGGUAUAUCGAGCUGACCAAUGGCCUGAGAGUUCUCCUCAUCUCAGACUUUAGCGGGGCAGACGGCAAGGACGCCAGCAGAGAGGAGGAAGAGGAGGGAGCAUCAGGAGGUGGAGAGGAAGAGGAAGAAGAGGGGGAUUCAGGGGAGGGCACAGAAGAGGAGGACGAGGAUGCGGAAGAAGAGCAUGACAGUGACUUUGAGGAGCUGGAUGAGGAGCAAGAAGGGAAACCGAAGAAGGGGAGUUCAGAGAAACAGGUUGGUUUCACUGUAGGUCAAUACUAGGCUAAUGCUUUCAGAUGGAUGAUCCAACAGCUCACAGAGGGAGCAUAGCCACAAGGGUGCUAUGCAAACAGGAAGUUUACUCUAGGGAUAGUGUGAUAAAGUGUGGAAUUUAUCAAAUGAAAAGGUGUGUGUGUGUACUUGCAUGCUCGUGCAUGAUGUGUGUGUUUUUUAAUGUGUGUACUAAUCUCUCCUGUGUCUCCCAGUCUGCAGCUGCUCUCUGUGUCAGUGUGGGGAGCUUCAGUGACCCGGAGGACCUUCCAGGCCUAGCCCAUUUCCUUGAGCACAGUGAGUGCUUUUAGCAGGGGACCUUAUGUACUGUAGCGCUACAGAAGAUUAUCCACAUUCUCAAUCUAACACUGCAUUGGAACACUACCUCUAAACAACACGUCUGUGUGCCUGUCUUUCUCUCUAUUUCUUUACCUGGUCUUCCCUCCAAUCUCUUGACUCUCUCUCUCUCUCUCUUUUUGCACUCUCCCUCCCUCCCUCUCUCUCUCUUUCUCUCUCUAUCUCUCUCUCUUUCUCUCUCUAUCUCGCUCCCUCGCUCUUUUCCACUCUUUCUCUCCUCUCUCAGUGGUUUUCAUGGGCAGUGAGAAGUACCCUGCUGAGAACGGCUUCGAUGCCUUCCUGAAGAAGCACGGUGGUAGCGACAAUGCCUCCACCGACUGUGAGCGGACCAUCUUCCAGUUUGACGUCCAGAGGAAGUACUUCCGUGAGGCUCUCGACAGGUGAGCCAAGCAGCCUUAAAGUAACAGUUCAUCCCCAAACCAACAUUUUGUUAGACGUUUUCAUGCCUCAAAAGUGGUCCUAAAUCUAACUUGUCCAGGGUCGUUUACAAUAGUGCACACUGUUGCAAUUAAAACAUGUAUUUCUUAUUGGACAAGUUUACUCCCUGUUUCAAAACGUUUCCUUCCGUUUGGUGGCUAAUAAAUACGACCCAGGUGUGCAGUUUGUCAUUGGAUGAUCUCUCCCAUUCCCCAGAUGGGCCCAGUUCUUCAUCUGCCCCCUGAUGAUCGAGGACGCCAUCGACAGAGAGGUGGAAGCAGUGGACAGUGGUGAGUCAGGGAGUAGUACUAGUAGUAGGAAACCAGUAGUAGUAGGAGGAAACCACGGCCGCGUCUCAAUAGUCUAAAGAAGCCUCCUCCCCCCUUUCUCCUUCAUCUGCUCAGAUUGGUUUCACACAGCUGGUCAGCAUGAAUAAAGGACACAAGACGAAGAGAGACCACUGUAGACAACUGAGACCCUCCCCAUUUUGAAUACCACAGCCUUUUUCCAUGCUCCAGUCACAGUUCCCGCUCUCUCACUCCUCUAAUGUGUUGUCCAUGCCUCUCCCUUUGAUGUGCAGAGUACCAACUGGCUCGUCCGUCAGACUCCCACCGCAAGGAGAUGCUGUUCGGAAGCCUGGCCAGGCCCAAACACCCCAUGGGCAAGUUCUGCUGGGGUAAGGAAACACAUUGGCUGUCAUUUCCCAAUUAUCUCUCCUCCAUCGCAAAUGCUACCCUGGUACCAUAGGCUUCCAUUGUUCGACAAACAUUCCAAUCCUACUUAUCCUGCUUGUAAAACAAUUAGUUGUAUGUAUUUUCAUGUGAAACACGUUGAAUGUGCUCUUUUUCAUUUGCACUUUCCUGCUUGUAAAUGUCUCUGUGAUCGUCAAGUGAUGUCUGCCUUUAAAUAUGUAGCUUUUAUUACAUGGAUAUGGAUGGUAAUGUCUAUCUGCGUGGUUAAUAAUGCUGAAUAACGGUGUAAUAACUUUAAUAACUGAAAUAACGGUGUUCAAACGUUCAUUAAAGGUGUAAUAACGGAUAUGUCCUCGUCCUGUCCUUGGUCUCCCCCAGGAAAUGCUCAGACCCUGAAGCAUGAGCCCAGAGAGAAGCAGAUCAACACCUACCAGCGUCUCCAAGACUUCUGGAAGAGAUACUACUCUGCUCACUACAUGACCCUCACAGUGCAGUCCAAAGGUAGCUAGCCAACCGGCCAGACACAAAGGAUCCCUUCUCCGCUGAAAUGAAUGAGGAUUGUAGUCGGUCUACAGCAAUGAAUGAGGAUUGUAGUCAGUCUACUGAAAUGAAUGAGGAUUGUAGUUGGUCUGUUGAAAUAAACUUGACUCAACUGUCCUUGUCUGUCCAUCAGAGACAUUGAACACACUGGAGGAAUGGGUUAGAGAGAUCUUCAGCAAGGUGCCCAACAAGUAAGUGCAUACGACCACGUGCAUGCUAUCAAACAUACAUGCCCUCUCUCACUCACCUACUCUCACUCACUCACUUUUUUGCAGCGCUCAACCGAGACCUGACUUCUCUGACCUUCAGGACCCGUUUGACACACCAACCUUCAACAAGCUCUACAGAAGUACACAGGCUUUAAACUAACAUUUAUACAUGUCAUUUUAUCAACCUGUGCUUACUUACUGACUGUACCAAUUCCUCAAUUUCAAUCGUGUGUGUGACAGUUGUUCCUGUGAGGAAGGUGCAUGCUCUCACCAUCACCUGGGCAUUGCCGCCUCAGGGCAAGCAGUACAGGUAAGCCCCCUUAACAAUAGCACCCAUACCUGUUGUACCUUUUCAAAGACCAAUUUAGCAAAUAUUUCCCCUCACUAUUAUCCUGCACUCCAUACAAACUGAUUGGUUUGUCUUGGUGUCUCCAUGUAGGGUGAAGCCCUUGCACUACAUCUCCUGGUUGAUUGGGCACGAAGGCACCGGCAGCAUCCUAUCCUUGCUCCGGAAGAAGUGCUGGGCCCUGGCUCUGUUUGGAGGGAACAGUGAGACAGGCUUUGACCAGAACACCACCUACUCCAUCUUCUCCAUAUCCAUCACGCUGACUGACGAAGGAUUCCAGAACUUUCAUCAGGUCAACUGGCGCCCACAGACACACACACACGCCCAUGUGUGAUGACACACACACACACACACACACACACACACACACACACAAUCUGGAUGUAACACUGCAGCCGUUUUCCCUGUACAGGUGGUUCAUCUAGUGUUCCAGUAUAUGAAGAUGCUGCAGACUCUGGGUCCUCAGCAGAGGAUCUAUGAAGAAAUCCAGAAGAUCGAAGCCAAUGAGUUCCACUAUCAGGAGCAGGUACAGUCACACUUCCCGGUCUUCCCUCCGUCACGAAGCUGACUUUAGGCUGUCAUUACCAUGACAUAACACACAUCAUAAGCAUGUCAUAAGUGAGUGAGGGCUUUGUACGAACCUCUGUCCCUCCGUCCCACCACAGACAGACCCCAUAGAGUAUGUGGAGAACAUCUGUGAGAACAUGCAGCUCUUCCCCAAAGAGGACUUCCUGACUGGAGACCAGCUCAUGUUUGAGUACAACCCAGAGGUACUGUCUGUCUGUCUCAUCAAGUAGACAAUAGAUCAUUCCUAAUUAAUCUGUAAUGGCUAAUUACUGCAACUGUAAUGCACGCAAGUGUAUACUUCAUUGAAGUGUGUGUGCAUGUGUGUCUGUCCUCUACAGGUGAUCUCCUCGGCCCUGACCCUGCUCAUCCCAGAGAGGGCCAACCUGCUGCUGCUGUCCCCGGAGCACGAGGGCCACUGCUCCCUCAAGGAGAAGUGGUUCGGCACCAACUACAGCAUGGAGGGUAAGAGCAAGUGUCUGAUUAGGAGUGCUGAUCUAGGAUCAGGUCCUGCUUUCCAUUCAUUAUGAUCUAAAAAGGCUAAACUGAUCCUAGAUCUGCACUGCUCUGAGACACUUUGUGAAUACCGGCCCAAGAUUUGCCAAAAGUGAGAUUGGCUGAAUUGGACCUACAAUCGCUGUUAUUGUCGUCAUAACAGAUAUUAACUUAUAUGAUUCUUCUUACAGUGCUGUAGGGGUGUGCCGAGUACUCUGACAAAACGAGUAUCGUAACGGAUUACAAUUAUGACAAGUCUUUUUUGUAGUGAUCCGUGAUCAGAAAAAAAUAAUUUUCAACUGCCAGCACGCAUCUUUCUUUCACUCAAACAGUGUGAAGCGCUGUGUGCUCAAAUAACUAUUGUGUAGUGCUUCUGUCUGUAAAGACUCGGGCGGGGUAUCGGGUUGAGCCUGCUACAACGAUUGGAUUAGAACAAGCCACUCUCCCUUGGCUUUCAUUUCUCCAGAUAGACACUCACACAGUCACUCGUCUUACGGCACAAAUCUCCCCUUCUCCAAACAUUGUGGAUGAAUCAGAAUACGUAGCUAGUCAUUGUUGUUCAAUCUAGUGAUUUUCUGUAGACUUUGCUGAGGCUACAUGGUUGUUUUUCUGUCUACUUGGCAUUGUUUAGUAGGCCUACUUUGUCUGUACGUAUAGUUAUUCCAUUUCUGACGACGUCUGCCGUUAUGACGUGAUCCAUGCUUGCCAUUAUUAUUUAUUUUCACCCAGGCGUGUUUACCUACAGGGGUCCUACAAUUCAAAAUCAAAUAGCUAAAUGGUCCAUUGUAUGAACAUCUUAAAACAAUGUCAUAUGUUAGCUUGGUAUAUAACACCAUCUUAGGGCAGGGGUCUCCAACAGGUCAAUCGCGAGCUACCAGUACCACCUAUGAGAAAGCUUGCCAAACAAUUCUGAAAGUGCAUGUCUUUUUCACGUGUUCCACCACAAACUGUCAUAAACAAAUCUCACAAGUAACAGACACCUCAAGAUCCAAUUAAAUUCACAUUGACAUUAUCCCACACCUGGUUAGACAUAAUUGCCUUAAAAAGCCAAAUGUUACACUAUCUGCCAAUUAAAUUUCCAGCAAUAUUGCCCCUGUCUGUCUGUGUGGUGCGCGCGUUUGUCUAUCAUUCACUUCGUGUAGCCAGUUAGCGUUAAAGAUAACCGCCUUCUGGGUAGACAGACAAAGACUUUCCCCAAAACCUUCUAAAUGAAAUGUUAAUUGCAAAGUAGGCUUACAGUGCAUUUGGAAAGUAUUCAGACCCCUUGACUCUUUCCACAUUUUGUUACGUUACAGCCUUAUUCUAAAAUUGAUUAAAUUGUUUUUUCCCUCAUCAAUCUACACACAAUACCCCAUAAUGACAAAGCAAAAACAGGUUUUUGGAGCAGGUUUUCAUCAAGGAUCUCUCUGUACUUUGCUCCGUUCAUUCUUUCCCUCGAUCCUGACUAGUCUCCCAGUCCCUGCCGCUGAAAAACAUCCCCAUAGCGUGAUGCUGCCACCACCAUGCUUCACCGUAGGGAUGGUACCAGGUUUCCUUCAGACGUGACGCUUGGUAUUCAGGCCAAAGAGUUCAAUGUUGGUUUCAUCAGACCAGAUAAUCUUGUUUCUCAUGGUCUGAGUCCUUUAGGUGCCUUUUGGCAAACUCCAAGCGGGCUGUCAUGCGCCUUUUACUGAGGAGUGGCUUCCAUCAGGCCACUCUACCAUAAAGGCCUGAUUGGUGGAUGCUGCUGAGAUGGUUGUUCUUCUAGAAGGUUCUCCGAUCUCCACAGAGGAACACUGGAGCUCUGUCAGAGUGACCAUCGGGUUCUUGGUCACCUCUCUGACCAAGGCCCUUCUCCCCCGAUUGCUCAGUUUAGCCGGGCGGCCAGCUCUAGGAAGAGUGUUGAUGGUUCCAAACUUCUUCCAUUUAAGAAUGAUGGAGGCCAUUGUGUUCUUGGGGACCUUCAAUGCUGCAGAAAUGUUUUGGUACACUUCCCCAGAUCUAUGCCUCAACACACAAUCCUGUCUCUGAGCUCCAUGGACAAUUCCUUCGACCUAAUGGCUUGGUUUCUGACAUGCACUGUCAACUGUGGGACCUUAUAAAGACAGGUGUGUGCCUUUCCAAAUCAUGUCCAAUCAAUUGAAUUUACCACAGGUGGACUCCAAUCAAGUUGUAGAAACAUCUCAAGGAUGAACAAUGGAAACAGGAUGCACCUGAGCUCAAUUUCGAGUCUCAUAGCAAAGGGUCUGAAUACUUAUGUAAAUAAGAUAUUCAUGUUUUCUUAUAUACAUUUGCCAACAUUUCUAAAAACCUGUUUUUGCUUUGUCAUUAUGGGGUAUUGUGUGUAGAUUGAUGAGGAUUUGUAUUUAUUUUUAUUUUAGAAUAAGGCUGUAACGUAACAAAAUGUGGAAAAAGUGAAGGGAUCUGAAUACUUUACGAAUGCACUGUACGUGGCAGAAUUCUAUCAUGAUUAUUUGUAUCAAUCGGGUGGGCUUUUGUUUUGCAAACUGUGUCAUGACAUAUGCAGCAGCAAAAAUAUUGCUAGACAGCACAUUCCUCUCUUGCAAAAAUGCACAAUUAAAGGGGUAUUGAAAUCAACAACAACAAAACAUUUCAGCUCUCAAUUAUUUUGUGUGAAAUCCCAAACCAGGAAAAAAUAAAACCAACAAAACGGAAUUAGGUAAAAUACAAAGAGUGCCUAUUUGAAAGCAAGGGAAAAAAUGAUCAGUAGCUCGUGACAUGUUUCAUGAAUUAAAAGUAGCUCUCAUGCUAUAAAAGGUUGGAGACCCCUGAUCUACAGGCUUGGACUCUAGGGGUUAAACCAGAUUAAACGCUGCACUCACUAUUGUUUGAAAGGGUUCAAUCUGGUUAAACCAGGCUACUGCACAUAUAUUCAACGGCUCAUUUCGUGAUAUGAUAUGAUAGGGUGUGAUGUUAAUGGCCUGUCUGUGACUGAGUGUCCUGUUCUGUCCUGGCAGACCUCCCUGAGGAGUGGGCACAGCGCUGGGCCGGAGACUUUGACCUCAACCCCGACCUCCACCUGCCCGCUGAGAACAAGUUCAUUGGUCAGUACAGAUGAUGGACAUUGUUGUGCGCCAAUCACAUCAACUCUACAAUAUUCAGUUUUUGGUCUAUUGAUGUGUAUAAUUUUUGUUCGUAUCUCCUUUUUUGUCUUAAAAAUAAAUAAAACGAAAUAAUCAAACAUAAAUAAAUACUGGGAUUGACACAGACAAAAGGCUUUACCCUUUUCCUUUGUUAUUUCCAUAGCAACGGAUUUCUCCCUGAAACCAUCGGACUGUCCAGACACAGAAGUCCCGGUGCGGAUAAUGAACAAUGAGAGAGGCUGUCUCUGGUUCAAAAAGGACAAUAAGUUCAAGAUACCUAAAGGUGUGUGUGUGUGUGCGCGCGUGUAUUUUAUAUUGCUGUGUGUUCUUUUGUUAGCUUACUUUGGUAAUUUAUAACCCAAGGGAAUUGUAAUGACGUGAUUGACUAUUUUUCAGUAUGUUUAAGACAGAAAUGUUAGUAGCUACUAGGCUAUUUCAAGGCUAUUUUCAACACAUUUCAAAUGAUAUAAUGUUCUAAUGAUUUAAUACACUCCCUAUUUUUUCUCCUGUUAGCUUAUGUCCGUUUCAACCUCCUCUCCCCAAUGAUUCAGAAAUCUCCAGAGAAGUUAGUAUUUUAUAUGAAUCCAUUUCUUACAAAAUCUUUGUUUUUGAGUGUGGAUGUCAACGUUUUGCUUUUCACAAUCGCUCCUAGCUGCAAAAGUUCUAGAGGUAAUUUCUAAAUGUGUAUGUCUUGUGGCCCUGUAGCCUGGUGCUGUUUGACAUCUUUGUGAACAUCCUGGCCCAUAACCUGGCAGAGCCGGCCUACGAGGCUGAUGUGGCCCAACUGGAGUACAAACUGAUCGCCGGGGAGCACGGCCUCGUCAUCAGGGUCAAGGGCUUCAACCACAAGCUGCCUGUGAGUCACAUACAUACAUGCAUGCAUACAUACAUACAUACAUACAUACAUACAGUGGGGAAAAAAAGUAUUUAGUCAGCCACCAAUUGUGCAAGUUCUCCCACUUAAAAAGAUGAGAGAGGCCUGUAAUUUUCAUCAUAGGUACACGUCAACUAUUACAGACAAAAUGAGAAAAAAAAAUCCAGAAAAUCACAUUGUAGGAUUUUUAAUGAAUUUAUUUGCAAAUUAUGGUGGAAAAUAAGUAUUUGGUCAAUAACAAAAGUUUCUCAAUACAUUGUUAUAUACCCUUUGUUGGCAAUGACACAGGUCAAACGUUUUCUGUAAGUCUUCACAAGGUUUUCACACACUGUUGCUGGUAUUUUGGCCCAUUCCUCCAUGCAGAUCUCCUCUAGAGCAGUGAUGUUUUGGGGCUGUCGCUGGGCAACACGGACUUUCAACUCCCGCCAAAGAUUUUCUAUGGGGUUGAGAUCUGGAGACUGGCUAGGCCACUCCAGGACCUUGAAAUGCUUCUUACGAAGCCACUCCUUCGUUGUCCGGGCGGUGUGUUUGGGAUCAUUGUCAUGCUGAAAGACCCAGCCACGUUUCAUCUUCAAUGCCCUUGCUGAUGGAAGGAGGUUUUCACUCAAAAUCUCACGAUACAUGGCCCCAUUCAUUCUUUCCUUUACACGGAUCAGUCGUCCUGGUCCCUUUGCAGAAAAACAGCCCCAAAGCAUGAUGUUUCCACCCCCAUGCUUCACAGUAGGUAUGGUGUUCUUUGGAUGCAACUCAGCAUUCUUUGUCCUCCAAACACGACGAGUUGAGUUUUUACCAAAAAGUUCUAUUUUAGUUUCAUCUGACCAUAUGACAUUCUCCCAAUCCUCUUCUGGAUCAUCCAAAUGCACUCUAGCAAACUUCAGACGGGCCUGGACAUGUACUGGCUUAAGCAAGGGGACACGUCUGGCACUGCAGGAUUUGAGUCCCUGGCGGCGUAGUGUGUUACUGAUGGUAGGCUUUGUUACUUUGGUCCCAGCUCUCUGCAGGUCAUUCACUAGGUCCCCCCGUGUGGUUCUGGGAUUUUUGCUCACCGUUCUUGUGAUCAUUUUGACCCCACGGGGUGAAAUCUUGCGUGGAGCCCCAGAUCGAGGGAGAUUAUCAGUGGUCUUGUAUGUCUUCCAUUUCCUAAUAAUUGCUCCCACAGUUGAUUUCUUCAAACCAAGCUGCUUACCUAUUGCAGAUUCAGUCUUCCCAGCCUGGUGCAGGUCUACAAUUUUGUUUCUGGUGUCCUUUGACAGCUCUUUGGUCUUGGCCAUAGUGGAGUUUGGAGUGUGACUGUUUGAGGUUGUGGACAGGUGUCUUUUAUACUGAUAACAAGUUCAAACAGGUGCCAUUAAUACAGGUAACGAGUGGAGGACAGAGGAGCCUCUUAAAGAAGUAGUUACAGGUCUGUGAGAGCCAGAAAUCUUGCUUGUUUGUAGGUGACCAAAUACUUAUUUUCCACCAUAAUUUGCAAAUAAAUUCAUAAAAUCCUACAAUGUGAUUUUCUGGAUAUUUUUUCUCAUUUUGUCUGUCAUAGUUGACGUGUACCUAUGAUGCAAAUUACAGGCCUCUCUCAUCUUUUUAAGUGGGAGAACUUGCACAAUUGGUGGCUGACUAAAUACUUUUUUUCCCCACUGUACAUACAUACACAUUAUGUACGCACACACACACACACACACUGUGCACACUUACAUACAGCUCUUCUGCACUCAUUCUGCCUAUUCAUACAACCCUGGUCUACACUGAGUGUACAAUACAUUAGGAACACCGGCUCUUUCCAUGACGUAGAUGACCAGGUGAAUCGAGGUGAAAGCUAUGAUCCCUUAUUGAUGUCACUUGUUAAAUCCACUUCAAUCAGUGUAGAUGAAGGGGAGGAGACAGGUUAAAGAAGGAUUUGUAAGUCUUCAGACAUGAAUUGUGUAUGUGUGCCAUUCAGCAGGUGAAUGGGCAAGACAAAAGAUUUUAGUGCCUUUGAACAGGGUAUGGUAACAGGUGCCAGGCGCACCGGUUUGAGUGUGUCAAGAACUGCAACGCUGCUGGGUUUUUCACGCUCAACAGUUUCCCAUGUGUAUCAAGAAGGUCCACCACCCAAAGGACUUCCAGCCAACUUGACACAACUGUGGGACGCAUUGGAGUCAACAUGGGCCAGCAACCCUGUGGAAUGUUUUCCACACCUUGUAGAGUCCAUGCCUCGACGACUUGAGGCUGUUCUGAGGGCAAAAAGGGAGGGGGUGCAACUCAAUAGUAGGAAGUUGUUCCUAAUGUUUUGUACACCAUGGAUAAACCCAUUCUGCACUUCAGCAAAUGUGCCUUAGCUUCAGACAACCCUAAAGCUGACCUCCUGCCAACUCAUCCUCCCUGCCUCUGUCCCUGUGUUAGUUGCUGUUGAACUUGAUAGUGGACCACCUGGCAGACUUCACUGCUGAGCCCGGUGUGUUCACCAUGUUCGCAGAGCAGCUGAAGAAGACCUACUUCAACAUCCUCAUCAAGCCAGAGAGGCUGGGGAAGUGAGUUGGAUUUCUGACACUGACUGUUCAACCCUUUAUAGGAUACAGUAUCUGGCUGCUCAUUCUUUGCAACUCCACCCACCCAUUUUCUUAUGUGUGUGUGUCUCUCUCUGGCUGUCUCUUUCUCUCUCUCUGUCUCUCUCUCUGUCUCUCUGUCUCUCUCUCUCUCUCUCUCUCUCGCUGUCUCUCUCUCUCUCUCGCUGUCUCUCUCUCUCUCGCUGUCUCUCUGUCUCUCUCUCUCUCUCGCUCUCUCUCUCUCGCUCUCUCUCUCUCUCGCUGUCUCUCUCUCUCUCUCUCUCUCUCUCUCUCUCUCUCUCUCUCUCUCUCUCUCGCUGUCUCUCGCUCUCUCUCUCUCGCUCUCUCUCUCUCUCUCUCUCGCUGUCCUCUCUCUCUCUCUCUCUCUCUCUCUCUCUCUCUCUCUCUCUCUCUCUCUCUCUCUCUCUCUCUCUCUCUCUCUCUCUCUCUCAGAACACGAGUCAGAGUUGUAAAGUGAUAAACUAGCUUCAAAAGAGUAACAAUGAUAAAUUGGUAUGAUAAUGAUUCCCCCCCCCCCCCCCCCCCCCCCUCUCUCUCUCAGGGACGUGCGUCUGUUGAUCCUGGAACACUGUCGCUGGUCGGUCAUCCAGAAGUACCAGGCCAUCAUGAAGGGCCUCACCGUGGAUGACCUCAUGACCUUUGUCAGUGGCCUCAAAGCCCAGCUCUACACCGAGGGGCUGGUGCAGGGCAACUUCACUAGCACUGUGAGCACACACUGACACAUUCAGACGCAGACACACACACACACUUCACUAGCACUGUAAGCCUCUUUAUAAACACACACGAACACCGUCUAAUGUGCACACACACACACUGUUUUUAGCUAAAAUAGUUGUUUAGCGCUAACCACGGCACUUGUGUCCCAGAUCUUUCUUGGAUGCUGAUUAUUGUCCUAAUCAAGUAGGUGAUGUGAAGUAAUACAUGUAACUAUUCUGCUGCUGUCCCUAUGCUAUAUUAAUCAUGCUAAUAGGCAUUAUGUAACUGUUCUUUGCCCACAGGAGUCAAUGGAGUUUCUGCAGUAUUUUAUUGGGUAAGUAUCCUCCUCGCUGUCUUUCUUAACUCUGAAAAGCAGGUCUGUAGCCUAGAGGUUAACACGUUGGGCCAAUAACCGAAAGGUUGCUGGUUCAAAUACCAGAGCCGACAAAGUGAAGAGAAAAAAUCUGUCGCUGUGCCCUUGAGCAAGGCACUUAACCCUAAUUGCUCCAGGGGCCCUGUGCAUUUUUUUUUUUUAUACAAACAUUUCCAUUAGACACUUCUACACUUGGACAAAUAUAAGCCCCCCCUAUUAUUAUUAUUAUUAUUAUUAUUAUUAUUAUUAUUAUUAUCAUCAACAAACACAGUACUUACUUACUAUUGUUAUUACUUGCAAUGAUUGAGGUUUGUGGUUGGUAUGACCUCCUUUAGUUGAAUGAACUGAUUGUAAGUCACUCUGUACAAGACCGUCAGCUAAAUAAAUAACAUGUAAAUGCAAUAAUCUUCUGCACUCUACAGCAAACUGCAGUUCAAGCGUCUGUCUGUGGAGGUCCCUGUGCUCUUCAGAGUGGUGGAGCUUCCUCAGAAGCCUCACCUGUGCAAAGUCAAGUCCCUCAACAAAGGAGAUGCCAACUCUGAAGUCACUGUCUACUACCAGGUACCUAACGUUCAUCCAAAAUUCACCCAACAGUCAGCCAAUCUUCACACAACAUUCCCCCAACCUUCAACCAACAUUCGCUCAACAUUACAGUUAUAUUAUGGUUAUGUCUGUGUAUGGAGUCUUUUGGUGUCGAUAAAUAACUUGUCUUUUUCUGUCCUUCUCCAGUCAGGCCUGAAGAACCUGAGAGAACACACACUGAUGGAGUUACUGGUGGUAAGUGUUGUAGCUAACAAGGCUUGACUGGAAUACUGAGGGCUCUAUUUCUGGCUGGCGCUAAGGAGGCGCAAGUGUGAAACGCGUGUUAGUUUGCAAUUUCGUCAUGUAAAAACUGUCGCAUUGGCAUUUCCCAGCCCUAACGCCAGGUUCGGCAAUUUACCUGUCUAACAGCUCGCUUGCGCUGAGGUAGGAGGGGUGGCAAUAUUUGCGGUGUGUCCUUAAAAAUGAGCAAAAGUGACAAUUUCCUGAAGGCCAUCCUCUUUAGAAUUUUUUUUUUUUUUUUUUAAACAGAUGCUUGUUUUCCAUUUUAUUUCAAGCCCUCCAUAGUUUCCUCUUACCCUAGGCCUAGGCUACUAAGGCUGGUUCAACCGCAAUGUGUUGUCUUUUUUAUCCUGGACUUGCAAAGUAGCCUAUCCAUAAAAGGUGUUUAAAUGGUCUAGUCGUCAGAGUGCCUUGAAUUGAAAAUAUACUGCACAUCCUGAAACAUACACACACAUGCCUACCUGCAUACUUCAUUUCGCUUGUUCAAGUAUCUUACCCCAUCUCCAGAGAGCGCCUCCGGUUACCAAAGAUGCAGUCCUCCUAACUUAUUUAAAUGAUUCAGUCCUGUGUUUCACACAUACAAUACAAUUUACGAGAGCCUAGUAUUUUUUUUAUUUUGGGAGAAGUGCGAUGUGUAAAGACAUGUAGGCUAGGCUAUACUCGUUGAAGCCAAUUACAACAACGUUGGCCUGACUGCCAACAAUCCAAACAUAGGCUAUUGAGCAAACACUGUUUUGUUUUUACUGUUGCUAUUACACUACUCGUUACUGUAGCCUAUGAAGUUUAAUAAACUGAAGUAUCAAUCCACAAUGGACCAGGACGAAAAUAGUCCGUGCCCCCAGCCGAAUUGGAGUUGAUGACAAUGCAAAGACCGUUAAUAACAUACAGAACUUGAGACAAACGCAUGCAGUGCAGUAUUAAGCCGUGGAACGCUUUGAUUGGCCAGUGAGUGGCCAAGCCCUUGUCACACCUACAAUUUGUUUAUUAAUCAAAACCCAGCCCUUUUGCACCGCUGCCAGCUAUUGCGCUCAUAAAUCCAGCUGUGAAAAUAAAUACAAAUAUUUCAGACACACAUCCUGACCUAUAGCGCUACUGCCAGCGCUUAGAUUUACCAUUGCGUUAGGUUUUUUAUCAAAUAGAGCCCUGAGUCAGUGAGUGGUGUUAUGGGUUAAAGGGAUUCUUCAGUAUUUUGUGAAGCCCUUUAUCUACUUCCCCAGAGUCAGAUGAACUCAUGGAUACCAUUGUUAUGUCUCUGCAUCCAGUAUGAAGGAAGUAAGAGGUAGUUUCGCAAGCCAAUGCUAACUUGUGUUAGCACAAUGACUGGAAGUCUGUCAUUGCGCUAACGCUAGUUAAUAACUCCCUUCAAACUGCAUGCAGAUACAUGAAAAGGGUAUCUGACUUGCCAAAAUCCCAAAGUAUCCCUUUAAUGAAGUACUAUCUUUGCUGCUCUGUUCCCAGAUGCACAUGGAGGAACCUUGCUUUGAUUUCCUCAGGACAAAGGAGACUCUUGGGUUAGUUUUUUUCCCUCUUCAUAACUAUGAAAAUAAAAAAAUUAAGAACUAAUAUCUAAUAACCACAUAUAACUAACUACUACUUAAUAACCACUACUUACAGAGCAGUGUUGACUGAUUUGAACUCUGACCUUGUAUCCAUCAGCUAUCAGGUGUACCCCACAUGCAGAAACACUUCAGGAGUCCUGGGCUUCUCCAUCACCGUGGAAACGCAGGCCACCAAGUUCAAGUGAGUCACCAGCACUGUAUAUCUCUUACGGUACACUUGAUUAAAUUCCUCCAAUGUUGUUGCAAUACGGUAUUCAAUUUCAUGUAUGACGUAUUGGAAUAUUCAACAUGCGUAAGGUAACCCCAACUGGUAGUCGUGUGUCAGGGUUAGUGACAGAUGCUGAUGUUUUGUCAGGGGCAGUUCAGAGGAGAAGGAUGGUAGCGUCGUAUUCAGGUCAGAUGGUAGCAUAGUUGAUAGUAGAAGUGUAUUACACAGUAGCAGCACAAUAUGCUUCUUAAUAAGCCUGAGAAUGUUAUCAAAAGAUUACAAGGGCAAGAGUUGUAUAAAUAAGAGCGCAUAUGCAUUGAAAAUAACUCGUUAUCUUUUUGGGAGAUGCCAACCCCUUUUCUUUUUGAAUAGAAAUGAGAGGUAGUCUGACGCUCCCCGUGUCCUUUAAAUUUUUUACUCAGCACGGACUUCGUGGAGACGAAGAUCGAGGAGUUCCUGGUGAGCUUCGGGGAGAAGAUGACCAACCUCACGGACGAGGCCUUCAAGACCCAGGUGACCGCUCUCAUCAAGCUCAAAGAGUGUGAGGACACGCACCUGGGGGAGGAGGUGGACCGCAACUGGUUCGAGGUGGUCACCCAGCAGUACGUCUUCGACCGCCUCAACAGAGAGGUAAGACUGUACACGGUCACAGCCGCAUGGUUUACUCGAACCCGCUGUCAUAAUGUCGACUUCAGGGGUGGCUCUCCUCCAGAAAGUGUACUACUGUGUGUGUGUGUGGGGGGGGGAUGAGGGACACUGGGGGCACUACCCCUCCGUCAUAUACACUACAUUACCAAAAGUAUGUGGACACCUGCUCAUCGAACAUCUCAUUCCAAAAUCAUUGGCAUUAAUAUGGAGUUGGUCCCCCUUUUGCUGCUAUAACAGCCUCCACUCUUCUGGGAAGGCUUUCCACUAGAUGUUGGAACAUUGCUGCGGGGACUUCAGCCACAAGCAUUAGCGAGUGGGCACUGAUGUUGGCGAUUAGGCCUGGCUCGCAGACGGCGUUCCAAUUCAUCCCAAAGGUGUUCGAUGGGGUGGACAAAUUUCCACUGGUCUAAUGUCCAUUGCUCGUGUUUCUUGGCCUAAGCAAGUCUCUUCUUCUUAUUGGUGUCCUUUAGUAGUGGUUUCUUUGCAGCAGUUUGACCAUGAAGGCCUGAUUCACACAGUUCCCUCUGAACAGUUGAUGUUGAGAUGUCUGUUACUUGAACUCUGUGAAGCAUUUAUUUGGGCUGCAAUUUCUGAGGCUGGUAAUGCUAAUGAACUUAUCCUCUGCAGCAGAGGUAACUCUGGGUCUUCCAUUCCUGUGGCGGUCCUCAUGAGAGCCGGUUUCAUCAUAGCGCCUGAUGGUUUUUGUGACUGCACUUGAAGAAACGUUCAAAGUUCUAGAAAUGUUCCUUGUUGACUGAACUUCAUGUCUUGAAGUAAUGAUGGACUGUUGUUUCUCUUUGCUUAUUUGAGGUGUUCUUGCCAUAAUAUGGACUUGGUCUUUUACCAAAUAGGGCUAUAUUCUGUAUACCCCCCUACCUUGUCACAACACAACUGAUUGGCUCAAACACAUUAAGAUUGAAAGAAAUUCCACAAAUUAACUUUUAACAAGGCACACCUGUUUAUUGAAAUGCAUUCCAGGUGACUACCUCAUGAAGCUGGUUGAGAGAAUGCCAAGAGUGUGCAAAGCUGUCAUCAAGGCAAAGGGUGGCUAUUUGAAGAAUCUCAAAUAUAUUUUGAUUUGUUUAACACUUUUUUGGUUACUACAUGAUUCCAUAUGUGUUAUUUCAUAGUUUUGAUGUCUUCACUAUUAUUCUACAAUGUAAAAAUAGUACAAAUGAAGUAGGUGUGUCCAAACCUUUGACUGGUAGUGUAUAUAGUGUACAUGCCAGGGCUUCUUCAGCUCACUGGUGGAGGAGUGGGCGGCUGAAACGUCUGGGGGAGAGAAAGGAUCGGAAUGUUUAUUCAUGCAUCGACUCAUCCUGUCCCUCUGUGCUGCAGAUUGAGGCUCUAAAGCUCAUCACCAAAGCAGAGCUGGUGUCCUGGUUCAUGGAGCACAGGGACGCCACCAGCAAGAAACUCAGCGUGCACGUAAGUCUGCCAGCUCUGACGUCGUGUGUGUGUGUGUGUGCAUGCAAGGGAGAGGGAGUGCGUUGACCAUUCCCCAUGGAAUGACAGGAGAGGGAUCACAUUCGCUUUGUCCAUUAAUUUAUACAGUCAUUGGCAUUAUCCUACUCUCAGUUAUUCCAGAGCAUACUGUAAUCUCUCUCUCUCACUCUCACUCUGUCUCUGUCAGGUGGUAGGCUUCGGAGAGGAGGAGAACGACCAGGCAGGCCAGAGCAGCUGCGGCCUCGCAGGGGGGGAAGAGGACCAAGGCCAGGCCCUUAAAACCUCCUCUUACGGAGAAGUGUCCAAGCUGACCUUCCUGCCCGCCUCGCCCAUGCUGGCCGACGCCACGCUCAUCAACGACAUCCGCGCAUUCACCUCCUCCCUCACCCUCUACCCUUACCACAAAAUCCUGAAGUAAAUCGGUUCCGCACAUUGGUUCCGCAAAGCGGGAGGCGAAUGAAGGAGCAGGGGGAGCCAUAUUAGCUCAGGACUACUAUCCAGGCCAGGCCACAACGCAGUGCAGUGGCGUCUUCAGAAGGGAAACUCUCCUUUCUCCCUCUUCGUUCCCCACCUCUCACUUUCUCUUUUCAUUCAAGAUAAUAAAAUAUCAAUGGCAGCAGGCACUAGUAUUAAUAAUUGCAAUCACCAUUAGCCCGCUAGGCACAAAAGCAGACAGUGUUAAAACAAACAAAAUUGGUCAAGAGCUCAUCAGUUUGUCCUUUUGUUCUCACCAGUCCCUGAUGGAUUAAAUAGGAGGAAUCAUCUUUGCUGUGAAUGGUAGUAGUAGUGACUCAUGGUUUGGCUGGCAGGAGGGCAGACAGAUGGAGGGUGGAAUAGAGGUAGAGGGGGUUCUAUCAUGUAUCUGUCAUAUCUUCAUUGUUGUUAUUUGAACUUUACACAUAUCAUAUGAAACAUCACCUCUAACAUUGAAGAAGGAUUGUGUGUAUUUUAACAAUGGACAUCAGGGUUAACAUUUACAUGAUCAUGCUGUAAGAUUUUGCCCAUAGAAAAGGGAAGUAUGUUUGUCAUAACAGUAAGCCUGAUUUAUGUUCAGUAUGUGACAGUUUCUGAUUUGUUUUCAAGGUAUUGUUUUAACUGUGAUUCUGUUUGUAGAGAGGCUAAAGGGAAUACCUCACUGUUACUGUAUACUGUAGGUUUAACAUUUCAGCCCUACCUGCCUUUAAAACCACUGGAUGACUGGCAUGUUUUAAUCUAUAGCGUGUUAUCAUCUUUACAUGUAAAUAUUUAUUAAACCUGAAUGUAGGAUA